UUAAUCUCAAGAUAUCUCCUCCUAAAAACUCGUGAUUUUAGCUCUUUAUUCUUACCUCCCACACUAACCUUUUUUUGCAUAUAAAUACACACAAGGGUCUUGGUUGUGUCUCACAAACCAUAUUAAAACCCUUUUUUGAAAUACUCUUGUGACCAACCAAGGUCUCUUAUUUCUAGACAUAGGAGGAGGAGAGAAGAAUUGUUUCUAUUUCAAAGAUUCAGCAAAUUAAGGAGCAGAAAAAGUCACAUAUUUUGUUGUUGAAUUCAUCAAUAUGGCUAAGGGAAUCAGAAACCUAAGUUCGUGGAUGGAGGUUGCCCCGGCACCAAUAAUUUUCCCAACAAAGCCUUCUAAUUCGCCUGCUUUGGAGACCAUCACAGAAGAAGUUGCUGAGGAUGAUGAAGCUUCCAUGAAUACCCUUCUCAAGUAGUAGCAAAUGUUGCAGGAUCAAUUAUGAAGCCUCUUUUGAAGAGGCUUCAGCUUAUGAAGAUUGAAGAGGAUCAAUCAAGUUGUGGAAAUAAUCACUAGUUGUUAUUCGCUACAACUUUGUAUAGUCAAUUUUGUGAAAUAUGUAGUUCUCUUUUUCCUUCUUUUUGGAUGAUUUUAAUCUAUACAUCCCUGCCUUUGUUUAGGCUGGAGUUGGUUUAUUAAGAAAUGGCAAAUUGCAGUUUCUCGUUGUUUUGACAAAUUUGAUGGACCGUAGUUGAUAUCUCUUAUUAAUUUAUUCUCAAAAUCAAAAUAUCAUGCGUUUGAUUCCCAUUAAUAUAAAUAUCAGCCGAGACUUAUUAACCUUAAUAUCGAUUAAAAUAAAACAAUAUAAGGCUAAUUAAAAGCAUUAUGCUUGUAACGACAUAUUAUAUGAGGCAGGAGAUACUCAGUUAUGUUUAUGCAGAAUAAGUAUGUGUUUGUUUUAGCCUAUGUUUGGUUUAAAAGAAAGGGGAAGGAAAGAAAGUCAGAGGAAGGAAAGAUGGUGGAAAGUGAAUCUUUCCACUGUUUGGAACAAUCUUAAAAAGUGAAGGAAAGAAAAUUUUAUGUGGACCCCACCCAAAAAUCCUUUCCGCGCUACUUUGGACGGAAAGCGGGAAGAGCGACCAAAAUUUUGGGCAAAAGGACAAUAAUGCCCUUCUCUUUCAUCAAAUUCUAUUUGUCUUUUUGAAUACCCUUCAAAUCAAAAUCCUUCAAAAAAAUUGCUUGCUCUGGUUCUUGUUUACCUUCCAAAAUCAAACUGGUCCAUUUCAUUUGUUCUACUUCCACAACCUUUCAGUUGCUUUGUAAGCUACUACAAUGCCAAAGGGAAAAACCACUCCAUCAGAUUCUAAUCACCCUGGUAGAGAUAGCCUACAAUGGAAUGAUGAAAUGGAUCAAAUGUUGUUGAAUGCUUUGGGUGAAGAGGCAAAUAAGGGAAAUAGGCACGAUGGUGCUUGGACAACACAAGCAUACAACAACAUGGUCGAAGCCUUAAGAUCUACAAUUGGACCAAAUAUCACAAAGAAUCAUAUAAAGAAUAGAAUGAAGACACUAAAAAAUCAUUUUGCUGAAGCUUACGACUUGUUCCAUAGCUUAAGUGGAUUCUCUUGGAAUUCAAUAACUCGAAAAUUUGAUGCUGAGGACGACGUCUGGGAAGAGCUGAUUAAAGGAAAGCCACAUGCUGCAAGAUGGAGAAAAAUGCAAAUUAAGCAUUAUGACAUCUUGACUGAGUUAUUUGCAACUGAUAGGGCAAAAGGAAAUGUUGCGAAAACAGCUAAGGAAAGGAGGAAACAAUGGGAGAAGGAGAAUAUUGACUUGAAUAACUAUUUUGAAGAUACAGAAAUGUAUGUGCCAAAUGUUGGUAUGUUUGAUGAAAACCAAUUUUCACCCCCCAACUUUGAGGAUGCUAGUCCACAAAAUGGUCAAACAAAUCCUAGUGGCUUAAAUACUUCAAGGGGUACAAAACGGAAGAGAAAUGUGGUUGAGUUAGUUGAAGAUCAAUAUGAGCGAAUGAAUGAAAGUAUCAUGACAAUUGCUGAAGCUUUGAAAGAGGGAAAUUCUGUUUCUAAGGAGCUGCACCAAGUUGCAGAGCGUCAAGUUGAAGUUGCUGAAAGACAAGUUGCAGUCAUUGAAAAACAAGUUGAAAUUGCUGAAAAACAAGUUACUGUGAUACAACAAACUCGUCCUCGUCAUUAUUCAGAAUCUGAUGUAUGGGAUCUUUUAGAGGAAUUAAGAGUCACAGAUCCAUUUCGCAUGAAGGUUUAUAACCAUUUAUGUGAUAAUGAGCACAAAAAACGUAAGCUUUUUGGCGUACCACCUCAUAUGAGAGGAGAAGCUCUCAUUCAAAUGAUGACUGAUGCAGGUGCUUUCACCUCUAGUGCAAUACAAGUAGAAGUGCAGCAAGCAACUGGAGCUAUAGUGCAAAGAUGUGUAUACUAAUAUUGUGUAACUAGACUGUCAUUUAUGUUUAAUUUGCACUAUAACAUGUAGUGUAAUUGGCCAAUAUAUGCAUCAUAAUACUCAAACUCAAUAUUUAUAUAUAAAUAGAAUGAUGUUGCUUUAGCACUAACUCAUCCAAGAUUUCAAUUUUAUCUAUGAGGAAUUGAACAACUGG